CGCAGCACCGGGGGCGGGGGCUGGCCGGCGGUGGGGCUGACGGCGCGGGCUCGGGCUGAAGGGGCCCGGGCUGGCGGAGGGCGCCGUGCGGUGCAGUGUGGCGACGGCGGCCUACCGGACCAUGCUGAGCGGAGCGUGCGGCUGGCUCGCCUCAGCGCUGCGGGGUCCACGCGUGCCGCCGUUCGCGGUCGCCCGUAGGUGCCUUCACGCGUCGGGGGCACGGCGGUCCGCGGACAAGAGCGAGAGGUCCGGGGACCCGCCCCGCGCCUUCGACCCGGCGCUGCUCGAGUUCCUGGUGUGCCCGCUCUCCAAGAAGCCGCUCAGAUACGAAGCAUCAACGAACGAACUGAUUAAUGAAGAGUUGGGAAUAGCCUAUCCAAUUAUUGAUGGGAUCCCUAAUAUGAUACCACAGGCAGCUAGGAUGACACAUCAAAGUAAGAAGCAAGAAGAAAUGGAGCAGCACUAG